AUGAGCUUGCGUUCGCUGUUCUGUCUUGUAAUCAUAACUGGAGUGUUCCUUGCUCACAUCGGAGCGGAACUGCCACUGGGACAGGACUCGCCAGCGGACGAUGAGGAUAGAGAAAGCCCCAGACCGAAGAGUGAUGGAAUUACGAUGACAAAGAUGACCGAGGCAGACACGAAAAAGAGAAAGAAAGAAAUCCAAGACUAUCAGAGGAAAGCAGGAAUCCUAGAAAAGUACGGUGGUGAAGGCAUUCCCAAGCACGUAGUCAUGCUGCCCAAGACCAAGACCGUAGCGAAGCCCAAGAACGGAGAAGAGCCCAAGAAUCAAUCAAUGAAAGCGGAUAAAGAGCCUGAACCUCCGAUUCCUGUUCCUGUGUCAUCAGGCUUCCGUCUACCACAAUUCAGAUCACAGGAAGCUAAAAAAAAGUAG